AACCUUGUAUGCGUAGUGGCAUUGAUACAGAUUAUUCCAAAGUCCCUUUUUCUCUCUAUCUACAUCCAUCUUUCUCUUCAUUUCCAUUCCAUCACACUCUUCAUCACACACCAUUUCCUCCCCAAAAAAUGCCAGGACUAACAGCACCUUCAGAUUAUUCCAAAGAACCCCCUCGCCACCCUUCUCUUCAAAUCAAUUCCAAGGAACCUUUCAAUGCAGAACCAAAACGUUCAGCGCUGAUCGCAUCCUACGUCACGCCUUCGGACUUCUUCUACAAGAGGAACCAUGGUCCGAUUCCCAUUGUUGAAGACAUCGAUAGAUACUGCGUGGUGAUUUCUGGUCUUGUGGAGCAUUCCAAGCAGCUCUUUAUGAAUGAUAUCAGGAAGCUUCCGAAAUAUAAUGUAACUGCCACACUGCAGUGCGCAGGGAAUCGGAGGACUGCUAUGAGCAAGACUAGGACAGUGAAAGGGGUUGGAUGGGAUGUUUCUGCUAUUGGAAAUGCUGUUUGGGGUGGUGCUAAAUUGGCCGAUGUUCUUGAACUUGUUGGAAUUCCAAAGUUGACAAGUGUCACUCAAUUUGGUGGAAAACAUGUUGAGUUUGUAAGCAUUGAUAGGUGUAAGGAAGAAAAUGGAGGACCAUAUAAGGCUUCAAUACCACUCAGUCAGGCUGCAAAUCCUGAAGCAGAUGUUCUACUUGCUUAUGAAAUGAAUGGAGAAAUUCUCAACCGGGAUCACGGGUACCCAUUACGUGUGAUUGUUCCUGGUGUCAUUGGAGCCCGGUCUGUUAAAUGGCUAGAAGCUAUCAAUAUCAUUGCAGAAGAAUGCCAGGGUUUCUUCAUGCAAAAAGACUACAAAAUGUUUCCACCAUCAGUGAAUUGGGACAAUAUUGAUUGGUCAACCAGAAGACCUCAAAUGGAUUUUCCUGUUCAGUGUGUUAUAUGUUCUUUGGAAGACGUGAGCACGGUUAAGCCUGGAAAGGUAAAAAUAAGCGGUUAUGCAGCAUCAGGUGGUGGGAGAGGCAUUGAGAGAGUAGAUGUGUCUGUUGAUGGAGGUAAAACAUGGAUGGAAGCCUCAAGAUUUCAAAAAAAGGACAUUCACUAUGUAUCAGAUGAUGCCAACAGUGAAAAAUGGGCCUGGGUGCUAUUUGAGAUCACAGCUGAUAUUCUUCACAGCACAGAGAUUAUUGCAAAAGCAGUAGAUUCAGCCGGAAAUGUUCAACCUGAAAAGGUUGAAGACAUUUGGAACCUUAGAGGGAUAUUAAACACUUCAUGGCAUCGCGUACGAGUUCAAGCGAGCCACUCAAGCUUGUAAAAUUUCUACCAACAAUCCAACCUGUUCAGUGAUUUUUGAAGCAUCUUGCUGAACAAUGACCUCUGAACCUGCAUCGGCGCAAACUGUACAAAAAUACUAAAAAGAAUAACAUAAAUGAGCUUUUGAGCAAAAGGGUAGGGGUUAUGAAUAAUCACUUAGUCAAGUUUCAUUUGUGAUUGUCUAUGAACUAUAUAACUGUUUCUAGAAAUUAUUACUUUGAUAUCAUAAGCAUGAAGUGUUUGGCUAUUGUAAUUUCACGUAUAGAAAUAAUACAUUCAUGUAUAAUCA